GAUAUUUUAAAGAUAUUUCGUAACAAAGCUUGGUUGGUAUCUUCUCCUAUUGCAAUUUGCAACCGCCGUUCCUUCAACAAUGUCGGCUCGGUUGCAAUGUUAAUCGCCGAUCGUUCAUCCUCGUCAAAAAACCCUUCACUAUAAACCCCUCUCGCCUCCUCUUCAGCUUUGAAUUUUAUGGCGCAAAGCGACUUCCUCGACGGCGGAGCUCGGUGGAAAACUAGGAAGAAGAAGAAGAAGAAGAAGAAGAAGAAGAAGCGAGAGACUGUCUCCGAUGAACGAGGGCAACAAAAUAGAAGAACCGGAAAUCCUAUUCUCCAAGAUCCUUUUGAGGUUUUAGGCUCUGAUCUAUUAAUGAUUAUACUGAGCUACCUCGAUGCACGCAGCGUGGCACUUUCUCUCCUUGUCUCUCGAUCUUGGUACGCCGUUGCUUCAAGCGAUCGUCUAUGGAGUUCGAAGUGCCUGGAACUGUGGCUCGGGAAAGCACAUAUCCCUAGAUUGGCGCAAAGCCGAGGUCUUCCAAAGCUAGCUGCUUAUUCAUUAUCCAUUAUGGAUGGCAAACGGACUCGCAUUAUGAGGGAGGAUUUAUGUGAUCAUGCCUGGCAAUUUCACUUCAAUAAGGAAGCUCCAGUAUACUGGCGAGAUCUUGAUCCAUAUUGGCAAGGAAGCCACCCUCUCAUGCGCCGUUAUUUCCAUCCCGAUGGGAGCCAAACUGCAGAUCCUGAUGAUAGAGUAUGGGGUGGUCAUGAAAGCUGCUUUUCUACUGUUACAAGUUUUGUUGGUGAUGGGGAGAUCAGAGAACACUAUGUUAGAAUAAACAGAUGGCCACGAAUGUUUGUGUCAAGGAAUGAAGAUUGGAGCUGGAGGAUGUCUAAUCACUUCACCUCCUACUCGAGCAUAGCCGAUCCUGACAAGGCUGGCGGGACAGGUCCACUUUAACAGCAGCUGGUGAUCAAAUUGCUUGUUUGCUCUUUCUUCUAGAGGCUGCUGUUUUGCUCUUUGUACAGAAUUCUUGGGAAUAUAGUAUAGGGAAGGAAUUGGUGAUAAUUUUGGUUGGAUCACAUGUUUGUUUGGUCCUUUGCCUAAAAAUGGGAGUAGCUUCGUAUGUUUCUAGGAUUUCCUUAUUGUUACUGUUAGUUUUUUCCUUGAGAGAAUGUAUUUAAUUAGAUGGUUGCUUACUAGCAGGUAGUAAGAUUUGAAAUUAAUAAGUUGAGUUUGUUUUUCUUAAGUUACAUAUCUGUUAAAUGUUAUAAAAAUAAUUAGAUAGGAAGUUAGGGUUUGUAUGUGUUUACUCGAGAGGGAGGUUGCAAGUAUCUUUAUACUUUGGAUUAUUUUGUAGUUAUUUCCUUUAUAUUUUAAUAUACUUCAGUUCAUAA